AUGGAUGUUCCCAUCAAUAAUUUCAAAGGUGUCAUGCUUUGCAAUAGACCCAAUGAGAAUGUAAUGAUAGUGAAGGAAAAGCCAUUCUGCUCGAGAGUUCAACCUUAUGACUAAUGGGGAUUGACAAAAAAGUAUGAAGAACCAAAAGUGGUUGUACCUCAAACUAAUCCUGUAUUAGAGAGACAUAAGAAAUGGUUGGAAGCAUUCAAACUCCAGAAUUAGAUUAAAAAGCAUGCCAAGGAAGAAUUAGAAGCGAGAGAAGAUGAGAAGUUCUUAAGAGUGAGAGAAUAAGCAAAGAAAGACAGGGAAGUGACUAAAAAAAUGAAGGAAGAUUACAAAUAGAUGAAUGAGAUGAUUAAAAAGGAAUUAUCAGAAGAAGUACCAAAAAGUAAAACUGUGGCAUUAACAGCAGAAAAUCUAAAGAAACUAGAAGACAAGGAUUCCAAAGUUGAGAGUAAGGCAGGUGAUAAAAAGAAAAGGUAUAAGACUAAGCCAAUUUGGGCAAUGACUAAAGAAGAGGAGGAACAGCAUAUAAAGAGUGAAGAAGAUGAACUUCUGAAUUUCGUUGAAAAUUUAGAUUAUGAUUCAUAUAUCAAUGACUUAGAGGUUAAUGUCAUGCUCAAAGCACUCUAAUAGAGAAUUACUGAAAUUAAAAAGUAAGAUAAUCAAUAAGAAAAACCAGACAAUCUGCCUGAAUAAAAGUAAGAGCAACGAGAACCAGAUAUUUAUGAUAAAAUUAGUUAAUCCUUAGGGAAAAAUGAUGAAGCACGAUCCGUGCAUUCAGAGAAGACUUAAAAUUCAAUUAAUCAAUUAAGAAAGAGGUAAGAAUAACUGGAAUAAGGUAAGUAGGAUUGGGAUAAGACAACUUCGAAUGGAGAUUAAAAGGCAUCAUUGGAAGACAGAAUUGCAAAGCAUGUUGCUGAUGAAAUUCUGAAUCAAUACAAAAAUCUGUCAAAUAUACAUUCCAACUCAUCAAUCAGGAAAAUAUUAGAAAGAGAAGCCAAAAAGACUCUCCUGGAGACUGGAUUACCUGGACCUGUUAUUUCAGUAAUAAAAAACGAGAAGAUGCCCAGAGAUCCCAAUACUUUACCUUACUUACAUCGUAAUCCAGCCAUUUGA